AUCCUAUCCUACUAUACUACUACUAGUUGUGCCAGUCGAUUGGGGCCUAACUCAGUCGAGCUUUUCCAUUCGUCGGAUGUGUACGCGUCGUUACGUUCGAUACACAGAAAAGACCGGAUAGUCAGUUGUCAGUCAGUCAGUCCAAUCUACACUAUAAUAUACACGUUAGUAAUAUUCAACUCAUAAAAGAUUUGAAGUUCUUGGGCGAAUGCUAGAUAUACGAGUUUAUAGUUUUGCUUUUUAAGAAUCUUUCUUAGUAAAAGAUACUUUUGUAUCUCAGCCAGCAAAAAAAUAAAAUAAAAAUAAAGUUAAGUUAGAGAGUUAGCGGGAUCCGCAUAGAAUAUUUGAUAUAUAUGAAAAAAGAAUUCUCAACGGUAUCCCAUUACCGCAUAUGCAAGAGCAAGUGAUUAGAUAGAUAUUGUAUCUUUUAUAUACAAAUUUCUAUAUCUUUUUGAAUACAACAAAUAUACUAAGUGCUUGAAGGUUUAAAUUGUUAUAUUUUUUGUGUGUGUUUUAUUCAUCAUCUUAAAAUUUUAUUGUGUGAGCGGAAAACAUCACUUGUUAUAAACCGGUUGAAAAAAUAUAAAGUACCUCCAACAAUAACAACAACAGCAAUUCAAAUAAAAAUAAAAUUAAUUGAUCAAGUUGAGCUUGAGUUAAGUUAAGUUUGAAUCCAGUGAGUUUUGAUGUGAUGCCUGUGCUCUUAUUCAAGGAGAAAGAAAUUACUUACUUACUUUUUCUCUUUCGUAUCCAUUUAUCCAUCUUAUAAGCCUGUCCUCUGGCCUGCCUUAUAUCUAUAUACAAAAGAUAUAUCUGUGACUGUGACGAGAGAGAAUUAAGAAAAUAUCUAAAUUUUGCUUUUUUCAUUAUAAAUCAAAUAAUAAUAAUAAUAAAUAAACAAAAAUUCGUUUUUUUUUGUGCUUCGUUUUGUAUCUAUAGGUAGACUUCUUACCUACCUUCUAUUUCACCGUUAAUUCGCAUCGUCUCGAAUAAUGUAUGAAGUGGGAGAUCAAAAUUAGCACUCAAGUGAGCCAUAAGAUAUACAAAAUUCAACUCAGUGAAUCAAACAACAACAAAAAUCAAAAUAAAAAAGAUACAAAAUUCAAAAUAAAAUAAAAAUAAUCAAACAAAAAAAUAACGGAUCGAAGAGAAAGAACGAAUCGAAGAAAAGAAAACAGAAGACAAAAGUAAUAAGAUUGUCAAAAUCGGUCACCUAAAUUUUGGCUUGCCCCCAAAUUAUUAUCACCGUUAAAGACAUAUUAUAAAUCUUCGACAAAAUAAAACACAACUUACCUCAGCUCAGCUCAUUGGGAAGCUCAGAGUAUUUGGAUGAUAUCGCCCUAACCUAACCACAACAACCAUCGUUAUCAUCGAGUGCGACCUGACCAUAGAUUCUUUUCAAUUUGCUUUCAAAGAUUUGUGCUGUGGACCAUAAAGUGUCAAUUGGACUUAAUUUAAGAAAAGAAACCAAAACAACUCAAUCGAAUGCAAUUAAACGCAGCAUCAACUAGUGAAUCUUCUCCCCGCUCAGUUAAAUCCUCGUGUCCCGCCACCGCCGCCGCUGCUAUUGCUGCGACUUCCGGUGCCAAAACAUCCCAUAGCAACCACCAUCAACAAAAACAACAACAGCAACAUUUCCAACUACUUCGUUACACUCCUUCCCCAUCCUCAUCACUUGCAUCCACACCACCACCACAACCACAACCAUCGACUCCACCAGCACGAACGCCACCUGUCAGCCAAUGAAAAAUACAUUUGAUUAAUGUUAACUUCGCGCGAAUCAAAGUGUUUUCAUUAUUUCAGAAAGAAGCGAUGGCCGCUACAGAUGGCCAAAUAAUAUUGGCAGCAUCCCGUUUCGGGGAUACAAUACCAGUUUACCUGCGCGACUUUUCCAAACAACAACUACCAGCUGUCGCUAAGAUCGUUAAGGGGCAACAUCAAAACCUUGGCGUUCCGACAUUAUCGAAUCCCUCAUUGCAAAGUACCGCGUUGUUUUUGAGCGCCGGCAAGAAGUAUCAAAUUUUGGCACAACCCAUUAAAAUCAAGGAAGGCCGAAAGCCAACAAAUGUCGGUGCUAAGGUCCUAAUACCUGAAACCUAUCCGGGCUUCUUUGAGUUGCUUAGUGAAGAUGGUCGAUCGACGCGUUGCAUUGAUUCUGUGUUGGAGCUGUCAAAGCGAAGGAAUUUAAGGGUGUUGGUUCGUGAGACGUUUCGUUGUACCCAAAUGAAUAAGACCAUUCAUGCUGGCGAACUGCUGACCACUAUGAACGAGCACGGCAAAUAUCUGCAGUGUCGAACUAUCAAGGACGAAAUCGUCAAUCUACCACUCGAAACCAAAGCUAAGUUUUCACCCAUCGCCAAGGAGGAUAGCAUCAGUGGUGUGCAUUCGGUGAAAAAUCUUCUACUCAAACGUAUGCCAGUUAUUGUUAGAUUAGUCCAUGGAAGUGCCCCAAAAGGCCUGAAACAACCCUUCGUCCCUGAGCUCCGCCUGCUUGGAUGUGUGGAAAUCGAUCGAGUCUUCGCGCUGCCCCUGCAAAAGGACACCGACUUAGUGCCAGUACCGCUGAAUGCUAAAAUCAAGCUUCAGCGUUCCAAGAACAUGGAGCAGCUUGAACACUUCAUUGAAUACUCCCGAUUCCUGGACAAGGCACAGCGGCUACUUUCCGAUGCUCGUGAUCGUCUACAAAUCGUCGACAUGAAGCUCUCCGAGAAGGAGAAGAAAGACUCGAAGUUCAGCAGCAGAAACAAACUGCCCACGGUCUUGACAGCAUCCUCGGCGGGAGUCCUCGAAAACGGCUAUGUGCUGCGGAAGAGUGCCAGCCUUGAUUCAUAUAACAAGCAGCAGCUCCAAUCGAACUCCCAGAUCGCUGACGAAUACAACGAGAUUGAUCACAUCUACGACUACGUCCGAGGGCUCACCCCUCUGUCCAAGGGUCUGACAAGAUUCGAACCGAUCUGCGAAUCACCAACGCUUAAAUCUCAGGCAACUACUGACAGUGGCAACUACUGUAGUCUGAUACGCGUCAGCAGCACAAGCAACAGCCACAAUAACAACAUUAGCUCUAAUAACAACAACAACAACAACUAUAGCAGUCUAGAAUCGAAUAAACACAACAGUAGUCAUCACAGUAGCAGUAAUCAUCAUCAUAAUCACAAUCACAACAACAACAAUCAUCAUCACCAUCAUCAUUCAACAUCAGCAUCACAUCAGCAACAUAAUCACAAUAGCAAUCACAGUAGCAAUAGCAACAGCAACAAUAACCACAACCAUAACCAGUCACAACAAAUUCACCCGCAAUUGCAAUCUUCACAACCGCAAAUCAUUCACCUACAAGCUCAUUAUAAUCACAGCCAUAUUCAGGAGGACAUUAAGCCCGUGCCACCGCCAAUUGAGACAAUUCCUGGUAAAAAAUUGCCAGAGAAGCGACAACGGCCAACACUACCAAAGCUCUAUGUGAAAAAUAACUCUUCGAGCAGUAGUCAUCAUUCUAAGGUUUUAAGUAAUUCACCAAAUUUAGUAAAUGGUAAUUCACCAAUUAGCGCUGCCAUUAAUGGAAAUAAGGAUUGCGGUCUGGAGCCGCAGAGUCCUCUAUUUCAUAUAAGAUACAAAAGUCUCAGCAGUUUACAACUUACUCCAGAUAGUAAUUCUACAACUCCGAUCUCAACGACUCCCAAAGGAAACCAACAACAACAACAACACCUACAGACAACAGCUCAGCUACCAAUGCCAUUACAACAAGAUGUCAUCAAAAGUAGCAGCAACAACAACAUACAUAACAUCAACAACAACAACAACGCCAACGCCAACAACAACAAUAAUAAUAAUAAUAAUCAGCUAUUAUCAAAAAGUGCAAGUAGUACGGGUGGUGCUCGAGAAGGUACCUUAGAUUCGUCACGCAGUGGCGGACGAACUUCAGGCGAUUCUAAAUUACCCGAAAAGAAGACACGACGCCUAUCGCGACCACGCAGUCUAUCGAAUUUAGUUUGGGACUUGAGGCCAUCCAAAGAGAAGUCGAAAAAGAAAUUAUAUAUUCAUCAUUUCGAUCAUCGCCAACAGGCGACAUUGUAUCUGUAGGAUUAAUGGAAAUAGUUUUUUAAGCUUCCUUUUUCAUGAAAACGACACAUAAAUAAAACGAUGACUGAACUCCAAGAAAAUUCAAGAAAACAAAACAAAGCAUCACCAUCCCACUUAAUCCCGAAAAUGUAAUCAACACGAACACGAACUGCAAUUGCUCCAGCUUGAUGCAUCCCACAAGGUGACACACCGUCAAAUAAGGGUCCUACAACAAAAUCUAUGCCAAAACAUCAUCACCUCCGCCUCCAUCAAUCGUGUGGCAUAGGACACUCAUCUGACAGUAUUCCCAAUUAAAAUGUUAUGCCUUACGUAUAUAUAGGGUACGAUGACAUCGGGCUACAACGACGACGACGAGCAACUACAUGAUGCUGGUAUCGUGAAGACCUACCUAUUGUUCCUUCUUAUUCGAGAGAGGAUAAUAAUUGGCACAUGGCGAAUCUCUCCAUCAAGCCUAACAUCAAAAUCAUGCCAACAUCAUCGCAUAUUGACAACAGCAAGUUCGUGAAUAAAUUAUCAUCCUUUUCCCUAAGACCCGUGAAUUGAAUUUUAAAAAACAAAAAAAGUAAAACGAAAAAAUAAAACUUAAAAUAUUUUGAAGCCAUAAUAAUAUUCAGGGUAAAAUUAAUUUUAAUUUUGUUUUUAUUUUCUUUAAAUUGAUUUUCUUGGAAUAAAAUAAUAUUCUUUCAAUAUUUAUAUGAAUAUUUGAAAAAAAUCUUAACUUUAAGAAUUUUUAUUUAUACCUUUAAGGUUUUUCUUUUGUUUUUUUUUCUUAUAAACGAAAUUUUCUUCAAUUUGAGUCUAAUUAAAAUUUAGACUCUUUUUCGAAGGAAAACAUUAUGUAACUCGAAUGUAUAUUGUGUAAUGUUGUCAAGAGAUUUUAUUUGAUCGUCAAUUUAUUGUCGUUUUCAUAAUUUUAUUUGAUUUUUAUUUCAAUUAAUUUUUGUUUUAAAAAGGAAAGAAAAAAAGUCAACAAAAAAAAACAAAUUCAUUUCUUUUUGUGUCUCAAUCCUCUUAAUAUUCUCUUGAAUCCUUAAAAUGUCACAGAACUCAUUUUUUUCCAUCAUCGUCAUUUAUUUAAAUUAAACAAAACAUAAUAAUAAUUAAUCUUAUAAAGAAACAAAAUAUUUAAAUAAUAAAUACCCAAAAACCUCUGAGUUUUUUUUUGUUUGUUUAAGUUAAGAAUUUAAUUAAGUUUUCAAGUCUAUUUUAUUGUGAUUUUAAUUUUAUGGUAAAUUAAAAAAGAAAAAAGAAAAAAUUCAACUCUUAUUUUAUAAUAAUAAAAAAUUAAAAAUAUAUAAUUACACUAUACAAAAUAAUUACAACUCUGAAAACAACUUGUAUUCAUAUAAACUGCCUUUUUCUUACAGAAAAAAAUAAGGUAACUCUAGCUUAGAUUAUUAUUAUUUUUCAUUUUAAUUAUAUUUUUAUUUU